AUGGGUAACAACACUCAUGUUGAAGAAUUACAAGCAGGAGAAGCGAAUUAUACCGACACUAGUGAUGUACACACUCUAAUUAUUCAGCUGUGGUCAGCAACUUGUUCUGGCAAACAACCACAGAGUACUAUUAAAAUCCCACGUACCAGUAUGGGAUCAAAGUCUCCACCUUGCCUUGUCAAGAAAGUGAACAUCACACAGUCGCACGGAAAGCAGGUUGUGAAAUUCGGUCCGGAAGGUUCCGGUGGAUUUCAGGCAGAGAUAAUGAUGAAGAACCUACCAGAUUCCGUUUCCAAGGGUUCCAUGCCAAGUAUAAGGAAGUUCUUGGAGUUCUAG